AUGGCGGAAGUAGGUUUCCCCGGUCAGCAUUCGACCACCACAACGGUGACGUCAAGCACUGCUGUCCAAACUAAUAUACGAUUCGAUCCGUCCUAUAUUAAGACUAUACCUGGUAUACUGAAGAUUGUGCAAGUGUUAUGCAGUUUCAUUGGUUUCAUCUGCAUCUUGACGUCACGCUUGAGUUCCGCGCCUCGGGGUGAAUUCUUCAAUUGGAUAUCCAUGAUUGCCUUCUGGUUCACCGGCAUUCUCCUAGGAUUCUACCUGUUUCAUAUUCUGGAGAAGUUCUAUAAAAUUCCUUGGCUGAAGAUUGAGUUUGGUUUCUGCUCACUAUGGACUUUUUUCUUCUUGUUGGCCUCGAUACUGGCGACGACUGUUCACGAUAAUUCUUAUUCGGCUGCUGCGUUCUUCGGUUUUGUAGCAACAAUUGCUUACGCCAUCGACUGCUAUUUGAAAUGGGUGGCUGUUCGCAGCGGUGGACUUGCCCAAGGCACUCGUGUUGUGUCCAAGCAGACGGCUUCCACUGUAGAGUCGCCGCCUCCAAGGGAAGGAUAUUAA